CGCCUCUUCUUCUGCUGCUGCUCACCGCGAGAGGGCCGGCGCUGCAGCGCCACCCUCCGAUGAAGAGAAACUGUUUCUGGAGCACCAGUGCUCGCUGUGGGACUGACACCUCAGUGGGAAUGAAAAGGACAAUAACGCAGAGAACAUGACUUUACAGACAGACACGAAGACGUCCACAAGAAAGAGAGAGAACCCAGCUCUGCGUGCAGCAGCAUUUAUGUGCAGAUGAAGAGAAACUCUUUCUGGAGCACCAGUGCUCGCUGUGGGACUGACACCUCAGUGGGAAUGAAAAGGACAAUAACGCAGAGAACAUGACUUUACAGACAGACACGAAGACGUCCACAAGAAAGAGAGAGAACCCAGCUCUGCGUGCAGCAGCAUUUAUGUGCAGCCGCUCGGCUGGUUCCACGCAGGUGGAGGCGGUUCGGCCAAGGCCUUGCUUCCACCUAGACCUCUGGCUCAGCUUCACCUUCCAGAAUUGGAUCCUGGAUGUGGGCCGUCCCGUCGUCAUGCUUGUGCUCCCUGCUGAUUGGCUCCCUCUGCAGCAUCCUGGCGUUGCAGACUAUCUCCACUUCCUGUACAAUGUCACGGCUCCGCUCAUACUUCUCAAAAUGCUUGAACGCAGCCCCAGGAUGCUCCCGGGCCUUGCCGUCCGCCUCGGCAUCAUCGCCGUUUCCAUGGGAACCACCCUUCACUUGGUGGCAGACUCCAUCACGAGACGCCUGCUGCUGAUUGGUUACCAGCUGCACCUGCCUGUUAGAGAGAAUCCAAUAAUGAGGAACCUCAAACCUUCGGCCCUGGUCGACUUCUUUGAGCUUCUGUUUUACUACGAUGACACUGUUGGUCACAUGAUGUGGUACGUCCCUUUCUUCCUCGUCCUCGUGCUCUUCUUCAAUGGUUGUUUCAGUCGCAGGGAGCAGGAGGAGAGGAUGCCGCCGUCGGCGUGGAUGCUACUCGCUCCAAAUGCUGCCUACUAUUGGUAUUUAAUUACCGAAGGACAGACCUUCAUCCUCUUCACCUUCACCUUCUUCGCCAUGACCACUACAGUGAUGCACCAGAGGAGGAGGGGCUUGUUUCUCAACAGUGACGGGCUUUUCAUGUUCUACAGUUUCUCUGCAGCUCUGGUCCUGGUGGCGAUCUGGGUGGCCUGUCUGUGGAAUGACAGCAUCCUGAGGACGAAAGUCCCCGGACUGAUCUACAUCCCACAGCCCUGCACCGUCUACACGCUCCACCUCCACCAGAUGAGCCACAUAUGACAGAGCGACUCAUUUAAUAACCACGUCCUCCAGCCGUGUUGACAGCCAGAGCGACCCACUGCACUGCUAAUCCGACAAAACAUCUGAGGAACCGGAGGCUGCGGUUAGAGAGAGAAGAAUGAUGAGCGUCCGUCGCAGAAUCACAGGAACGCCAUGAUGAAACUGUUUAUGGUUUUCACUGGUUAUUAGAAAUACAGCCUCACAGCAUCCACACGACUUUUCCACCUGUUUAUUACUGGGAUACAAAAACUGAAAGCAGCUCAAAAACCAUCAGAAAUAUUCAUUCUCAGAAACAUGAAGAAUAAUGUUGACAAAAAUGCAGCUGAAAUAUAUAAAAUCAAAUGUUUAUUUGUUUAAAUAUGUGUGGAUAUAAACUAAACCAAGUAAAUGCAUCUGAAUACCCAAAGUCUCAGUUCUCAGAUCCUUUAAUUUAACCUUCUUUUUAAAAAUUAUUUUGGAGGAUUAAUGCCUCAAAAACAUCUUCAAAAUGUAUUAAAUUCAGCGAAGCGCUCUAGUACAUACAUUACAACCUGAGUUCAUGUAGAGAGAGGCUUCAGGCUCAGAGAGCGGUUUAUAUCACGUUUG